AGAUCCAGAAGACACUUGACUUCAAUGUUUACAUCUGUCAAAAACCGAAUGGCUUCGACGUUAGAUUGAGAAUUUUUGCAUAGGUAAAUGAAGAUCAUUGAGUUUUCAUUAUCACUAUUCCUUAGCUGUAUGGAUCCCAGUAAGUACAGGACGAACCUUGGUUAUACUGCUAUGUCUUUACAAGUUAAGAUGAGUGCCAUCCAGAGGUAGUAUCAAUCUUUAACAGUUCUCUUAACAGGUGUUAUUAAAAGAAUAGCGUCAUGCCUCUAAAUGGUCGUGAUGCUGCAAUUUUGUGUGUCCUGGUGUUCUGCGUCCCACUACAGCAUUGGUUGACACAGGUAUCGGUGGUUAGCCCCAGUGAACGUAACAUGGAACUCUUCAAGUUUAUUCGUGAAGUAAAACAUUAUUAUGAAACUCAUCUUUCAUUAACUUCUUGGAGGGACUGGUUUGUCAACAUGAGCAAGAAUUUCCUAAUUGGUGCCAAAGACUAUAGUUUCUGGUAUAAUAUGGAUAUAAAUGACCCUGAGGGUGUUUGUCCUGCUGUUGAAGUUUUAAAUCUAAGAAAUCCAGAUGGAACCUUUGGUUUAUCACCAAAACCUCGAUCCAUUCGACCUCUUGGACUGAAGUGGCGUGUCGGACAAGUGGUGAGACACAGUCGAUGGAAUUAUCAUGGUGUUAUUAUUGGAUGGGACCCCAAGUGCAAGGCUCCAGAGCAAUGGAUCAAACAGAUGCAUAGGGACCAUGAGGAGUGGAGAAAUCAACCAAACUAUGCUGUUUUAGUAGACACAAAUGACAGGGAUGAGCCUCAGAUUACCUAUGUUCCUCAAGAAAACAUUCGCCCUGUCAGAAAUACUGAGAUAAAUCAUCCAGAUUUACAUGAAUACUUUUCUAGUUUUGAUGGUGCACAGUACAUACCUCACAAGUGGCUUCGUGCUAUAUACCCUCUCGAUUGAGUGCCUUACAUGUAUGGUUUGGCCUUUUGUUACAAGUGUUAUUUUUAUACUUAACUAGAACAGCUUGAUAUUGAUGAUUACCUCUUGUCUGUGUAUGAUAUAUAUGAUCGUUAAAUCGUGCAGUGAUUUCAACAGUAAUAUGUCUUGGAUUGAGCUGAAAAGUUUUCAGUGGCAACGCUACUGUUGCAAUUCUAUGAAUACAUGGUGCUGCUAGUCAUUUUGUUGUGUGAGCUGUGUGAAAACUUUGCUUUACCUGUUGCUAGGUGUUAUGCUCUAAUUAGAAUAAAAUAUAACUGAAGUAUGAAAGCUUACUUGUUGUAGGAAGAUCAUCAUUCAGUCCUGUCUCCUAGAUCUGUUUAAUUAUUUGAAGGUAUUAUUAGCUUAAUAGCUUAAAGUCAGUUAUAAGUAUUAUUAUAUUCGACAUUAUUUAUUGAUAACAUUAUUGUUAUUGCUUUAUCAUUAUUAAUUAUUGAGUGGUAUUGUCAGUAUCUUAGUAUUUUGUCUGACUGUAGACAAAAAGAAGAAAAAGGGAGCACAUACAUUAUGGUUCAUAUAAAAGCCUUAGACUAUAAGCAUGUUAAUUUUUGGAUCAACUUAAAAUGUACAUGUGGUGAUGGGGUCCAAGCAAUCAUCGAAAUUGUAGAUGAAAUAUUAGUUUGAAUAAAAAUAAAUUGUUCAUUGGUAGACGUUGAUUGACAUAAAUUAUGGUCAAAUAAUCUUUGAGUUAGGAGGCUGAAGUCAAAUUAUUCUUUUCUUGAAGAUUUACAGAGGUAAAUGUUAAUUGAAUUCACCUCAGGCCAGUCUCACUUUGAUCUUUUGAUGUUUAUUUUUUAAACUAGGCAAGGAUUCAAAAUAGGAAAAAUGGCACAAGAAUUUUAAUGGAAUUAGAGAGUCAUGUAUACAUACAUAAUCUUUAUUUGACCAUGUGUGUUUAAUGCUUGUUUGGUUUGUAAACAAUAUCUUUAUCAUGCUCGCAUAACAACUUGAUCAGUCAACUGGUGGUGUUUUGGUUCCUUCUUUUAGUAAAUUUAUAUCACUUUACCGUUUGCCAUGUAAGUUCUUCAAAAACAAGUGUGGUAUACUUUUCAUAUAAGCUAAAAACUUCUUCAAAGCUUUCAACAUUUACAUAAUUUUUUGGGGUCCUUACAGAGAUUUUCAGUUAUUUUUACUUUUUUCAUAUUGUGUGUCUCAUAUUAACAUUAAAAUAUAUAACAUUGUGGUAACAGAACAGAAAAUGAGUAUAGAUAAAAAAUUUUAGUGGCAAUUUUAUAGAAUAAUUUUGAGGGAACAGAGUAACUAGGGUCAUUGAAAUGUUGCAAUGGAAGGAGGUGUUGUUUAUCACUUCUCUGAUCAUGCUGAAAGGAGGAAAGGUGUAGGCAUCCAUUUCUGACCAAUCUAGAAGCAUGGCAUCCAUCGUCCAUGCCUGAGAAUCCGGGGCAGGAGAACAGAGGAGAGAAAGACGGUGAUUCCUUGAAGUCGCGAACAGGUCUACGGUUGGUUUGCCCCAUAGCUUCUGCAGAUUGUUGCAAACCAGGGGGUCCAAGGUCCAUUCUGUGUGAAAGACCUGCUUGCGGUGAACUCAGCUCAUUUGCUAAGACGUUCAGUCUCCUGAGUGAAUCAAGUGAUGAGAGUGACCUGAUUCUGUUCCGCCAAGAGGAGAUCUUUCGCUGCCUUGCAGAGGGAGUGAGUGCCUCCCUACUUGCUGAAGAUCAGAGACAAGGACUGGAGACCCAGGUAAAUGGUCUUCAGUUCCUUGACAUUGAUUUGCUGAUCUCUCUCUUCCAUUGACCACGUCCCAGAUGAAGAGAUUUCCAUUGAAGAAGCCUUCCUGAAUUGAUCUCCAACGUGAUGGGAGAAAUGAAUUAGUUGGGGUGAUUCCUGUUCCAGUUGGCUUUGAGAAAGAGCUGAAGAACUCUCAUGUGAAGUCUGCCCAACUUCACAAACUGUUCGAUGGAGGCCAGAGUCCCCAAGAGGCUCAACCACUGAUUUGCCAACAGAGAGGGAAACUUGCGGACAGUGCAAAGGAAGGAGUCUACUCUUUUGUGGGAUGGAAAAACUUGAAAAGUCUGAGAGUUCAGAGUUCCUUGCUGAACGAGUGGUUUUUGCGCUCGGCUGCCAAUCCGGUGGUCCGAAGUUCGAAUCCCGGCUCGGCCAAUGCGUAAUCAGAGGAAUUUAUUUCUGGUAAUGGAAAUUCAUUUCUCGAUUUAGUGUGGUUCGGAUCCCACAAUAAGCUGUAGGUCCCGUUGCUAGGUGACUAAUUGGUUCCUAGUCACAUAAAAAUAUCUAAUCCUUCGGGCCAGCCCUAGGAAAGCUGUUAAUCAGCUCAGUGGUCUAGUAAAACUAAGAUAUACUUAACUGAGAGUUCAGGAUCAUCCCCAAAUAAUCUCAUGCGUAGGAAUCAGCUGAGAUUCUGGUUUGUUGAUUAGGAUUCCUAUCUCUUGAGUCAGGAAAAUCAGGAGAAGAGUUACUUUCAAGUCCACCAUGCACUUCGGCGGGGAACAGAGGCCAGUCAUCUAAAUAAAGGCAGAUGUUGAUGCCGAGCAGAUGGAGCCAUUUGCCGAGAGGGGCAAGAAUUCGUGUAAAUACUUAAGGAGCUGUAGAGAGGCCGAAGCACAAGGCCCAAAGCUAAAGAACCCUGCCUUGAAAAAUGAACCGAAGGAACUUCCUGUAGCCUGGAUGGAUGGGGACAUGGAAGUAGGCAUCCCGCAUGUCCAGGGCGAUCAUCCAAUUGCCUUGUCAAGUGGAAGACAUGACCGACUGUUCCUUUCCGUAUGAAACUUCGUCUUCUGAACAAAAAUAGUUCAGGGCUCUGACAUUGAGAACAGGCCUCCACCCCCCCCACACCUCCCCAAUGACUUGGAGCUACGAAGAGAUGGUUGUAGAAUUCCUCUGAAUUCUACAGCUCCUUUGAGGAAGAGGUCAUCGACAUCCUUCGAAAGGGCUGAAAACUUUUUGGAGCCUUCCGAGUAUACUAUAAACAAGAUGGGAGACUUGGCUAAAAGAAGCUUCUCCAUGAAGGGAAUGGAAUACCCCUCUUUCAGGACUUUGACAACCCAUUGCUCUGCUCUUCUUUGACUCCACAUCUCCCUAAAGUGGAGAAGUCUGGCCUCUACUGGAGCACGAAGGACUGUAUCUUCACUUCUUGGCAUUGGGCUUGAAGGUUGUUUUCCUGAUGUACUUUGAUGUGAAACAUAAGUUCAUUGGAGGUCUGGCUUGGGCCUUCUGCAUGCCACCACGAAAAGGCUGGAGCUGGAGAGAAGAAAUAGACUUGGUAACGAAGGUGGAGGGGUCCUUAUUGCCUAGCAGACUGUGCUAACAGAUCCUGCGUCAAUUUCCUCUGCAGGUCUGAAGAAAUCCCUUGAACAGGGGUUUGUGGGUCUGUGUGACUCCUUUCGUGGUGAAGAACUCUACAACUCUUUUCUUUAAAACCCCCAUGGAGAAGAGAGAGGUGAGCUCUAUGGCGCCAUCUCUUAUGGCUUUGUCGGUGCACGACAAAACCGCUAACCAAUCUGAAGCAAAGUCCUGGCAGUCUUCGAUCUUCUUAGCAAGGGCUUAGACAGUCCAAUCCAGGAAACUGAAUACUUUGAACAUCUUAAAGAUGUUCUUGAUGAGGUGGUCUAACUCAGGUGUUGAAAACAACCUUUGCUGAUGCAAAGACUAAAUGUCACGAAGAAUCAAUAAGUCCAGAGAAGUCCCCUUGGAAAGAGGCAGCGACUCCUAAAUAGAGACCUUCUCCAGUAGAAUAGGAGAAGUAUCUUCUAUGCAUCAGCCUAGGGGAGGCUAAGCAAGGGUGGCUUUGCCCUGCUCCUUCUUUGAAGUGAGCCAAUUACCCACUGCCUUGAGUGCCUUCCUUGAGGAAGAAAGUACCAUCCGAGGGAGUCAAGUGUUGUUACCUGUCUGAAUCCUCACAAGGAAGGUUGAAGCGGGAGACGAGAAGUGAUCCGGAAAGUUAGAUAAAAAAAUAUCUAAGCAGCAAAGUAUUCACAGAGGCGGCAGGUGCUUGUUCAAGGUCCUCUUUGUCUGAAGAAACAAGCGACAAGGAUGCAUCUUGGGGGGUCUAUUGAACUGUGGUUGGUUUCUGUAAAAACUGCAUAAUGGCCACCAGUUGUCUUUUGAUUGGUCCCAUGGAGAGUCCUGAACUGACGAGUGAGGAGGCGAAGGUUGUAUUGAGCGCAUGAGAGCUGGUGCCAGGUACGCAGGAGUUGGUGCCACAAAUGCAGGAGCUGGUGUCUGAUGCUUGCAAGUGGGUGACGACUGCUCCGGUGGCAAUGGUUGCUUGGAGACGGAGAGGUCCCUAAUUCAGGCACUGCACUUACAAUUAAAUUAAUCUUCAGAUCAAACCUAGAUUUAAAGUGGCAAAGUAGGAGGGCUAGGGAUGGGAGAAAUAGCUGGAAUUGGUGAAGAAGGAACAGUAUUCUGAUCUAAAUGUUUAGACAAAGGAGUGGAUCCUAAAGAAACCUUAAUUUUGGUGCUAGAGGCUGCCUUUCUCUUUUUCUCCCUCUCAAGCUUAUCUGCAUGAGAUUUAAACACUUUCCACUUCUUUUCGUCCCAAUCUUGGCAUUCAUAGCAUGCAUUCUCCCUGUCACACUCCUGCCCCCUACAUUUGACACACUUGGUAUGAGAGUCAUGUUUAGCUACCCUAGUCAUACAUCCCUCAGAGCAAAAGCAAAUGCUACAAGAACUAGUGUCUGACAUGAUCCAAAAAAUAGAGAAAAUCAUUAACAAUAAGCUAAUGUUGAUCCGAACUCGAAAAGCUAAUAAUGAAGCCACAACAAGCCUUGAAUACCUCACUAAUUUCCCAGAAAUAAUUCCAACAAAUGAUGAAGAACAGCUGCAGAGAACUCCUGAUGUUAACCAAGAGCCAGCAGGAAAUGAAUUGAGCUCUUGGCUAUGUUGUACCUCAACUUCCCCUAAAGUGGGUGGGAUUAACUAACAACACUAGAUAGUCGAAUCAUUACUGUGAAUUUUGAGAUUUUAAGUUACUUAUUACUUUCCUUUGCAUCCACACUGCUAAACUGCAUAACCUUCUGGCGUGCUUCUGUCAUUCACUGCUAAAAAGCACUCAUUUCUUUCCAUUUCAUCCAUAUUUUAAUUAGCGUCACUUGCCAAACCAAUGUUUUCUGAUUGCAGACACUUUUUUUUUAAUUUGAUAAAGAGUGGUCCAUUAUAGAAUAAUUAUAUUGUACUUAUAUAAAAAGAUGAGGUAGAUUUACUGUAAACCAUAUUAACUUACGUAGGUACAACUGUUGCCAUAGGAAUCCAUCCUUAUACUCUCAUUAUAUUAAGCUCACUCUUUUCAGUGAUUCCUUACAACUUCUAAUUCCACAGUCUAAUGUUCUCAUCUGGAUUAAAGUAGUGGUUAUAAAUGUUUUCCAUUUUAAAAAUGAUUUUUUUUUAGUAUAAAUAUUUUCAAACUGCAUAUAUUAAUCUUUGAAAAAAAUUUACUAUUUUCAUUUCUGUAUGGAAAUAUUUUUAUUUUUAUUUUGUCUGUAUGAUGUGGGAAACAGAAUAGUGGUGCAAUUUUUUCAGGAUAACUGUAAAAAUGACUCAUGAAAUGAGAUAUAUUAGUUCUACACAGUAAACAGAAAAAAAAUGUAAUUAAUCAUGAGUAUUAGCCGCUACAAGCAUGGGACAAACCUAGGGUUAGAUAUAUCAUAAAUAUUGCUGGGAAACACCAAUAACUAUGAGACAUGCUGACAGAAAGCAGCACAGUCUGUGCCACCAUUAGGUAAAGGCAGAAAGAGGUGGAGAGGCACCAAUCAAUUUUUGUUGUUUGCCGUCAAGAAACCAUAUGGUGUUGCAGAAGCACAAGAUAUGUUGCAGUAGUUUAUUUAAUUUUAUUCAAGUGAUCAAAUUGUAUUGUAGUUAAGCUUAUGUUCCACAUUUGGCACAGUGGCAACAUGAAGGAAGGAGUUAAAUUUGUACCAUGUGAGUUUGAUUGGCACUAUGUAAUGUUUUGUGAUUGAUUACCACUAUAAACACAGAACCAUUUAUAAUGUGGGAGCAAUUUCUGAAAGUUUACCUAAGAUCAGGAUUUUUAAAUCCUUCUCUAUAAAAUACUUUUACAGUUGUGGUAUCGGUGUUAUGCUCUUAAGAUCUGAUUUUCCUGUACAGCACUUGCACUGAAAGAGAGCUGAAACUUGGCACACAUGUAGAGAAUUAUGACUUAAACAACAUAUAAAAAAUCCCAAGGCCUUCCACACUUGUGUUAGCCGCCAUAUUGGAAAAUGGUCGCCAUUUGGAAUUCUCUUAAAAUUCAAAUAUCUCGUAAAAUAAUAGUUUUAUGAAAAAUUACACUCAAUAAAAGUUGUUCAGAA